AUGAGUCAGGAAAACAACCCUCUCCUCCAGGUGAAAACUUCAGGUGAAGAUGAUGCAGUUUGUGCUACACAAGACCGCAAGACCAACGAAUAUGUUUACUGCGAAGCCUUAGCGGAAGUUCUACAUUACAUUGUCCCACCCGUGAUGGUGGGAUUUUAUGCCCCCUGGGGGCGGAACAAGAGGGGCCUCUUAGGCACAGUCGAAGAUGCCAUGAGAAGCAGAGGUGCAGAAAAAAAGAAUGGGAAAGGUUGCGGAAGAGACGUGAUUUCUCUGCUUUCCCUCAUCUGGCGCAUCGUUUUUUAUCUUCCUGUCUACAAAUCGAUCCCAUCCAAUGGAGACCAGCCCAAAGAAGUCCAAUACAUCUUCAUCAGCUUCGAUGCCUGGGAAUACGUCGGAUGCGACCGUACCUGGGCCGGUCUUGUUAUGACGCUGCUUGAUGUCAUUGAAAAGAAGGAUAAAAUUCUCUUCAGUGUCGUUAGGGCCUUUGGUGGGGAAUCCUUUAAAGAGGAUAAACCAUCAGGAAAUAAAUGGGCUUUCAAAAGCUGGACUAAGAUCUUCUUUAAGAGUUUCUUAGGUGGCGUUAUCGGUUUAGCUCUGCGUACUGUGCUGCUGAGGGGACUCGCAGAGAACGAAUUAUGGAAGAGGGUGGGAUACACGACUGUACUAGUGUCAGCUGUUGUAUCUGCUGUUCCUUUCCUGGCAGUAGCCAAGAAUUUCCUUUUCACAAUGAAACGAAAGAUUCAGAAGGACAUGAAGAGCAAGGACCUCAGUGCGCAGUUGGGCUUCAUGCACAAAGUGAAAGAAGAGGUCAAAACCACCGUCAGCUUCCUCAACUUCUUGGAACUCAAAGAGGACAGAAAGAUCCGGGUGGUCUUAAAGAUCACCAGCUUGGAUUUCUGCACCCCAGACAAGGUGGUGGCAGUCCUCGACGCCGUCAACGUUCUUCUUUGUGAACCAGAUGCUCCGUUUAUCUCCAUCCUGGUGGCCGACCCAAGUAUCCUUGUGGAAUGCAUCGAACAGUCAAGAAAUACCUGUAAAAACGGCUACUUGUACUUGGACCGCAUCGUUUCCUUGCCCUUCUCUCUGCCGCCGAUGAGUCGAGAAGCCAGAUCACAGCUACUUGAUGAGAUUCUGAAACACCAGUUGAAGGAGCGUUCCACUACAAAUCCAGGGAAAGAAUAUCACGCAGGAAGUGGCAAGGUCAACUUACAGAUGGUAAUUGAUCUUGUCAGUUGCUGCCUACACAAACGGAAUUCUGAUCCUUACUUCCCGGGGAAUUCUGUCCAGAUGAGGAGGGUCGUGAACACUCUGCUGACCAUGUGGACUAUGGUCAAGAUGGGAUUUCAACCCAAAGGAGGACACAAAAUGAGUGAAAUAGGUAAGCCAAAGGCAAUUGAAGAGAUGAUCGAUUGGGUUGUCCUUGCCAACUGUUGGCCUUGCCGUCUGAGCUGGAUUUUGCAAUGUGUGGAGGACGAUGAGCAAAGAAGAAGACUUGAGGGAAGCCAGAAAAGCACCACUCAGGACAGCGUGGAAAAUCCAGGAGGACCCCAACAGGGGGAAAGGUCAGGGAGUAAUGAUAAAUUACUGGACAUUUUUGAGGCCAAUGCUCCAGAACUGGACAGGAUGAAGUAUAGCAUCAGGAAGCUUUUUGAACUCGAUGGAGACCCUGAACUUUUCCAAAUCUUCUUGCAGAAGAGCCAUUUUACAGUCAGGAGGGCCAGAUAUUUUUCUGACCUUCUCAUCAAUUUGGACUUCUCCCUAAAACAGCGUUUUGAAUUGCUCCGUGGUCUCAACAGCAUCACCAGGAAGAAGAAAAUGGCAGAUCUCCACUCACUGGGAAACACUGAGACGGACAACCAACUGCAGGACAAUUAA